AUGAAUUCUAAUUGUAAUACCGAUAGUUUCAAUGACGAUGAAAUGUUUCUUAUUUCAUUAAAUCGACGAGUACCAUUGCAACAUUUGAGUUUCAUGUAUUUUCUUGAUUGCAAACUGGAUGAACUUAUUUCAAAGAAAUAUGAUGAUAUAUCAAAUAUGGUCCAGGUGACAUAUGGAGUCAAAUAUGAUGGUUCAUUGAUACAAUCUAUUUUGAACUUACUAAAAUCAGAUAAUAUCUCAUUGCGUAUAUUUUCAUCGCACAACAUCGAUGAAAUCAUUAACGAUUACUCUAGAGAUCAUCGCUUUCUUACAAUGGCUUCAUUACAUACGAUAAAACCAUUUACAACAUCGUGUCUAUAUUGUAAUCUUCCACUGAAAUUACAGUUUAAAGAGAAAGUCAAUGUCUUCCUCAUGGAUCAUAUAGAUAUUGGGACUAUUUUCAUUGCUCGAUGCUGUCAUGUUGAAUAUCAUACUAAUAGUUAUGUCAAAGGCUCAAAACGUUACGUUAGUCGUCAGUCUUUCUACAACCAAAAAUAUAUUCAUUUCGGUGGUAAAUGCGUUUUACAUGUUGAUAUUCUAUUACGAUAUGUGUCAGAUUUGCUUAACAUGUAUGCCGGUUUCGAAAAUUUUUGUGGUGCUUAUAAUGAUACAGUAGCAUCAGUAUCAUCGCAAAAUGCUCGUGAUAAUGUUCUUGACUUAAAAGACGCACCAUUGUUAGAGCGUCAUCUGUUUGAAAAUAUCUGGUUAAUUUAUUCAACGGCAUUAUCAAAGUUCUUCCUGUCAACAGAUACAGAAAUUGAAAUUCCAUAUCAUCUUAGCAAUCGUGACGAACGGAAUCAUUUUUUUGCUUCCCAAAUAACUCAAUUAGAACGUGACUUUAUUCAAUAUUGGUCAAAUCAUAUGUUGAAAUUCAAUUGUGGUAAUCAAUGCUGCAAAGCAAUUGUUAUCGAUGGAUUCCAAAAGCCUGAUCGUUAUAUUUGCAAUUUUAUGCAGGAACUCAUUCAUUCGGAAGAGUUGGGUGAUAUUGAAUGGGGUUGUGGCUUUCGUCCAGAAAUGAUUCCUGACAAAGACAAUCCAGGCUACUGGAAAAAUACAAAAUAUUGCCCCAAACAUAUUUAUCUUGAGCAUAUUCAAGCAGCACCUUGCUCAAUAGACAAAGAUGAUUAUAAUGUUGUAGAUUGUAAUGUCUCAAGAACCGAUCGUUACUGUGGUCGUCGAACUUCCUAUGGAGUAAUACUCACUAUGUACAAUUGUGGUAUUAUUCUGAACUUCAAUGAAUUAUACAGAUCUGAAUCACCUACACGAGUCCUCCAUCACUUAUUUACAACAAUUGAUUGUCUAUCAUCAUCUGUUCCAUUACCAAAAUACUUGAUAUACGACAAUGCAUGUGGUCUGUUACUCACGUUUCAAAAUCGUUUUGAAAAUGGUCAUAUACGUCACACAGCACGCACCGAUGUCUUAAAUAACAUGACGUUUUUGGUUGAUAAAUUUCAUAUUGGUAAUCAUACGAGACCGAUGUGUCAGGCACAAACCAACCCAUACAAAUAUCCUGAUGUCAAUGGUAUAAACACAGUUGUCUGUGAACAGACAAAUUCCAAAUUGAAAAAAUACCAAAAUGCACUAUCAUCUUUCUCUUUUCCAAAGACGUAUAAAACCACAGAUGAAUUUAUCAAAGGCGAAGGCGCUCGGGAAGCAAGACUGGUAGCCCAAGCAGCAACUGACGCCGCUCGGAACGUGAGGCCAACAAGCAAAGCCACGAGCAGCCCCAUGCAAAAUCGAAGCAUCAAUUAA